AUGAAAGUACUAGUAGUGUUAUCCGUAUUCCUUGUGCUUACAACAGCAGUGCCCCUAACAAAAGACGAAUUGGCUAUACUUGAGGCGUUCGACUAUGACGCCAUUUUCGCCAAAGAAGAGAACAGAAAAAUCGUCUUCGAUUGCUUGCUAAACAAAGGAGAUUGUGGUGAUUAUAAACAGAUCGUUGGUUUGAGAACAGUUCGCACCCCGCCGGACAAGACGUGGGGAUCACGAACCACGGGUCCACAACCAACCAGACCCACCAUUGCGACAGUCGACGCCGCAAGAGAAGCACUUGCACAACUUUCUUCGGUAACCAUAAAGAUGAGGAGCUGGCUGUUAUGUCUGUGUGUGCUGACGGUGGUGGUGUCAUGCUACUCCCAAGCUAAUCGCUACGAGAACUUCAAUCCUGACGCCAUCGUUCAAAAUGACAGGAUACUGCUAGCCUACUACAAAUGCGUCAUGGACAAAGGACCCUGCACGAGGGAUGGAAAGAACUUCAAACGUGUUCUACCAGAAACGCUAGCUACCGCCUGCGGCCGCUGCAACCCUAAACAGAAGACAAUCGUCCGCAAGCUUCUCCUGGGCAUCAGAUCCAAGAGCGAACCUCGUUUCCUUGAACUGCUGGACAAGUACAACCCUGAUCGCUCCAACAGAGAUGCUUUGUACGCUUUCCUUGUCACUGGGGCUUAAGACCAAAAUCAAAACUUCUAUGCGCGAU